AUGUCGGAUUUCAAUUGUCGUAUGUACGAAAAGAAGUACCCAGAGGAGAAUGAAUUGGUCAUGGUCACCGUCACCUCUGUCGGUGAGAUGGGUGUCUACGUCUCACUUUUGGAAUAUAACAACAUCGAGGGUAUGAUCUUGCUCUCUGAAAUCUCACGUCGUCGUAUCAGAUCUUUGACUAAAUUGGUUAGAGUUGGAAGACAAGAGGUUGUCGUAGUAGUCAGAGUCGACAAAGAAAAAGGAUAUAUCGAUUUGUCAAAGAGAAGAGUUACACCAGAGGAAAUUACCAAGUGUGAAGAGCGUUACAAUAAAUCAAAGGCUGUCCACAGCAUUAUUAGACAUCUUGCAACUAGAUUGACUAUGGAUGAGAAGGUCAUCAAACCAAAGCAAUUAUAUAAACAAUUUGGAUGGGCUUUAUACACUAAAUAUCAACACGCUUACGAUGCAUUCAGACUUUCAAUCAGUGAACCAGCUGUUUUUGAAGGAUUCGAUAUUUCACCGGACCAACUCAAGGUUUUGAUGGAGAUCAUUUCACAUAAGCUCAAACCACAACCAAUGAAGAUUCGUGCUGAUCUUGAAAUGACUUGUUUCGACUAUGAAGGUAUCGAUGCUAUUAAGGCUGCAGUUUUAGCUUCACAGAAUCACGCUAUUCAAUUUGCUCAAAAGAACGCAGAGGGACAGAUCGACGACAAAUCUUUUGGUGUUGUCACCGUCACUUUGAUCGCCCCACCAUUAUACGUUAUGGUUGGUACUUUCGACGACAAAGAAAAAGGUUUGGCCAUGUUGAGCAAAUGUGUAGAGAUCCUCGGUGAAGAACUCGAAAAGAGAAAGGGUAGAUUGACUGUUAAGAUUCCAGCACGUGCUGUUGGUGCUUCUGAUGAUCAAGAGUUGGACGAUCUCAUGGAACAAUUGGAGCGUGAGAAUGAACUUGUUGAUGGUGAUAACUCUGAUGAGGAUGAAGAUGAAAACUAA